AUGUUGAGGCCACGGUCACGAUCGCCCCACUAUUCUCACAGAGUUAGUCCGCGCAGGCAGGAUGGUCGGCGGUUCCCCUGGGACGACCCAGACUUCAACCCCCAGCAGGUGCUGGCUGACCUGGGCAGGCUGCCUGGGGAGGAUCAGUGGGUUCGCUUCAUGGACGAGAUCCACCCAGAUGGCCCAGAGGGCCACAGAAGACCUGUUUCCCCAGGCCUCCACAGGCUUGACCACCACCUCCCCCCAGAGGAAUUCCACCAUCGCAGAAUCCCACCGGCACCUCACGAGCUGGGCUACGCCGAGCGCAGAAGGCUCUCCCCCCAUGAUGGCAGAGGGGGUGGCAGGGGAAAAGGAAGUGGGAGCGAAGGGCUGCCCCACUCCCCUCAGAGGCUACCCAGAGAGAAGCUGCCAUCACUGGCCCCGCAGCACCCUCACUACAGUCCUGACCACCACCAGAUAGUGUCCUCUGCAGGCUGGAGAAGAGAAGAGCAGGACCAGAGCCAGGGAAGGUCCAGGGACCGCAGCCCCAGGGAGAGGGUUCAGGGUGGGGGGAAGGGGGAGAGGAGGGGUGGAGAUUUUCCAGGUCCCUAUGGAGACCGAAGCAGAGAUGACAUGCAUAGAGAGAAGAGCACCAUAUCUGACCGGAACCGGAGGGAAGCUGAUGAAGCGGUGCAUCCUGGGUACGGGAAGGAGACAGAGUUUAGGGUGCGCCGCCCCUCGUUGGAGAGGCCCCGGGAAGAGUACGGAGGAGGAGGGCCACGGGGGCGCAGGGGCCCCUCAGGGAGCCACGAUGGCCGGGGGCCUGGAACCCUCAUCGUGGAGCAUGACCAUGGUAUUAUAAACAGUAGAGGGCCAGAACUCUACGACAACCAGAGGGGCCGUGGCCCCGACCAGAGCCCAAGCCACGACCGAUUCAGUCACCGUCACCACCGGGCCAGAGCCACUGAGGAGCGGUUCAGGAAGUCGGAUAGCAGGUCCAAUACCAGAGAAGAGGCCAGGGGUCGGCUUGACCAUGAGGAGAGGAGAGGGCCUAGGAGAGGCCCUGUCCACGAGGCGAGGAGAGGGCCUGUCCACGAGGAGAGGAGAGGGCCUGUACACGAGGAGAGGAGAGGGCCUGUACACGAGGAGAGGAGAGGGCCUGUACACGAGGAGAGGAGAGGGCCUAUACAUGAGUCCAGAAGAAGCCCUGAUCGUCAUGGGAGAGCCAGCCCCAUGGGCUUCCAAGAUAGAGGUAGUCCCACAGAGCCCAGGGCCAGAAACAGUGCAUUCCGAGGGGAGAGGGGGGCCCCAGCCCAGGGUGGCAAGAGACAGAUGGGGCCCUCCAUGAACCAGCCCCGACCUCUAAUUCAGGGAAUGCAGGGGUACCGACCCCGGGAUGCCUUUCCCCAGCACUCCCCUCCGGAGCACCAGGGGUACCAACCCAGGGGAGGCGUCUGGGACAUGGAGCCCAGAGAGGAGGCGCCCGGUUGGGCAGAGGUGAGCGACAAGGAGCCCCGCUGCGAGAAGGACCGGGGACCAGGGCCGCGAGGAGGCCGUCCGCCAGCACAGGGCAGGAUGGAUCCUAGGAAACCUCAGCAUAGUGAUCUCACCCCCAACUGGAACCAACAGCAGAACGAUAUGGGAAUGCCUCGCAUGGGCGCCGGCGAGAAGGAGACGCUCACCAUCAAGGUGGACAUGAACCGGCCUGUGGGCCAGAACAGCCAGCUGUGCUACUCCUCAGACCGCCAGCUGUCACUGGAUCUGGUCAACGUGGGCCGCCAGCGCCUAGACUUCCUGCCCAUGCUAGAGCAUUCUGGGACGUACCAGGAGUCCGCAAUGCACUCUGGGACUUUCGCCCAGGAGAUCAUCACCCUGGUGCACCAGGUCAAAGAGCAUUACUUUAGGGGCGAUGGUGUGACACUGAACGAGCGUUUCUCUGGCCCCCAAGAUGGAGGUCUGCCUGAGGAGGAGGAGCAGGAGGAAGAAGGACCAACUCUGAACAGGCUGUUCAACAUGAGUAUGUCAGAACCUGAUAUGGAACCUGUCUUCUCUAAAGUUGGCCGCAUGCAGAGGCAGCAGCAGGCAGUGAGAGAUCCCGGAGACCUGAGACAUGACCUGGAGAGAAGGAGACAGGAGAGGCUGGAGGGAGUGAAGGUCACCAUACCUGGAGGCAGGCUCUCACAGCACCCCCUGGCUGCCGGGAGUGACCAUCAGGGGGGGUAUGGUAGAGAGGAAGACGAGGAACAGGAGGGCUUUUCAGGCUGGUCAGGCCCACCACGGAGAGGGAGGAGGUGGCCUGCAGACAUGGGGGGUCAGAGGAGAGGUGGCAUGAUUAGACAAGACAUGGGAGACCAGCAAAGGAACAACUGGCCUCCUAAAAGCCCUUGCAACCUGUCUGGAUCAACGAGACAACAGAACCACAAUAUUAACGGUGCCAACUGGUGAAUGGAAGCUUGGAGCAAUCCAAAUGGAGUCAGUGGUUAACUGUUGAUAGGCUGUAUAUAUUAUAGAUCACACUGCUGCAGACUGACCACAGCCUGAACCACGACCACCUGACCACCUGACAUUCUGUACCACGCUGUCAAUGUAAAGCCCAUGCAAUGUAGCUGCUCUCCUGACAGAGAGAGUAAUGUGGUGGGGAAGUAAGAUGGCCAACUGAUAUUUAAAGAUGCACUAUGCAUAAAUCGUUCCACCAUUUCCUGGUUGCAAAAUGUUUGCCUAAUUUCAGUUUGUUACAAAACGAGCAAGUAUAGUGUAGAGCAGGUGUAGGUAACCGUGCUCCUGGAGUCCCGCUGGUACUGCAGGAUUUUGUUCUGUCUAGGCACCACACCUGACCAAUUGACAGAGCCGGGGGCAGAACUAAUCAGUUGGACCGGCCUUUGACAUCCAUAGGCGGGGCAUGUUUUUUCCCAGGACCACCUUAUGUGUGCAUCCUCUUGCAUGUUCAGAUUGUAAUAGUAAAGACCAUAGGCAGCUGGUGAGUUUCAAGUUUGUGGAUGUUUCCAGUUUACCCUAGCAUUUCUACCGUUCUUAGUGUCAGUUAUGAUAAUUGUUUUAUAUGCACAUUUUUGUGCAACAGUUUAAUUUCAAAAAUAACAUUUUAUUUUCUCAGUCAUUGUCACGUGGUUAAUCAUAAAAAUCUGAAAUAAAAUGAUACAAAUGUCAGUUAAAAUUGAACUGAGGUGAGAGCAGCAGCCUCUGCCACAUGAACACAUUGAUACACUGUGAUCCAUUGGCUAAAGAAAUGAGCUCAUAGAACUCCGAGACAGCCUAUAGGCCAAUGCAGCAGUAGGCCUGUAACUUCCAUCUCAACUAAGUAAAGCUGACAAAUAAAAACAGUAGAAAAUAA